UCCAGGCUGAGGGUGGGGCCAGUGUUAGUGGUUCCGGCUCGGCUCCUGUCGCCCCUCGGCUCCUCGCCUUCCCCCUCCCCUCCCACACCUCUCCUCCCUCGGGUUCCUAGGAAAGAGAGGAGCUACCGCUGUGGGUGGGUGAAGGAGCGCUCGUCGCCUCCGGGAGGGGACCGCGCCUGCCCCUUGUGAUCCCCGGAGCACCACCAGACCACGUACUCGCUCCGGCUUCGCCGGGUCCCGGAGGUUGGAGCCUGAGGUUACAAAAUAUCCUUCUAUGCUCGAGACCUACAGACUACAUGUCCUACAAGAACGAUCCAAUGGUUUUUCAUCCCUUGAAGAUACAUUAGAAGCAUAAAUAUGGUGCCAAAAGAACUUUCUACCUUUCUCUGACUACGGUUCAUUUGGACAUACUUUUGUAUUAAAGAGAGGUAUACAGCCUGAGGCUAUUCAUUGUGGAGAGACUCUGUCGUGUAGGAUAAUGGACCAUCCUAGUAGGGAGAAGGAUGAAAGACAACGGACCACUAAACCCAUGGCACAAAGGAAUACACACUGUUCCCGACCGUCUGGCUCCUCAACAUCCUCUGGGGUUCUUAUGGUGGGACCCAACUUCAGGGUUGGCAAGAAGAUAGGGUGUGGGAACUUCGGAGAGCUCAGAUUAGGUAAAAAUCUCUACACCAAUGAAUAUGUAGCUAUCAAACUGGAACCAAUAAAAUCACGUGCUCCACAGCUUCAUUUAGAGUACAGGUUUUAUAAACAGCUUGGCAGUGCAGGUGAAGGUCUCCCACAGGUAUAUUACUUUGGACCGUGUGGGAAAUACAAUGCCAUGGUGCUGGAGCUCCUCGGCCCUAGCUUGGAGGACCUGUUUGACCUCUGUGACCGAACUUUUACUUUGAAGACUGUGUUAAUGAUAGCCAUCCAGUUGCUUUCUCGAAUGGAAUAUGUGCACUCAAAGAAUCUCAUUUAUCGAGAUGUCAAGCCAGAGAACUUCCUGAUUGGCCGGCAAGGCAAUAAGAAAGAGCAUGUUAUACACAUUAUAGACUUUGGACUGGCUAAGGAAUACAUUGACCCUGAAACCAAAAAACACAUACCUUAUAGGGAGCACAAAAGUUUAACUGGAACUGCAAGAUAUAUGUCUAUCAACACGCAUCUUGGCAAAGAGCAAAGCCGGAGGGAUGAUUUGGAAGCCCUGGGCCAUAUGUUCAUGUAUUUCCUUCGAGGCAGCCUGCCCUGGCAAGGACUCAAGGCUGAUACAUUAAAAGAGAGAUAUCAAAAAAUUGGUGACACCAAAAGGAAUACUCCCAUUGAAGCACUCUGUGAAAACUUUCCAGAGGAGAUGGCAACCUACCUGCGAUAUGUCAGGCGAUUAGACUUCUUUGAAAAACCUGACUAUGAGUAUUUACGGACCCUCUUCACAGACCUCUUUGAAAGGAAAGGUUACACCUUUGACUACGCCUACGAUUGGGUCGGGAGGCCAAUUCCUACUCCAGUAGGGUCAGUUCAUGUAGAUUCUGGUGCAUCUGCAAUAACUCGAGAAAGCCACACACACAGGGAUCGGCCAUCACAACAGCCUCUACGAAAUCAGACUGCAUCAUCAGAGCGCCGAGGAGAGUGGGAAAUCCAGCCCAGCCGGCAGACCAAUACCUCGUACCUGACGUCUCACUUGGCUGCAGACCGCCAUGGGGGAUCAGUGCAGGUGGUUAGCUCAACCAAUGGAGAGCUGAAUGUCGAUGACCCCACAGGAGCCCACUCCAAUGCACCAAUCACAGCUCACGCUGAGGUGGAAGUAGUGGAGGAAGCUAAGUGCUGCUGUUUCUUUAAGAGGAAAAGGAAGAAGACUGCUCAGCGCCAUAAGUGACCAGUGCCUCCCAGGAGUCCUCAGGUCCUGGGGACUCUGACUCGAUUGCACCUGCAGCUCCUGCCAUUUCUCAUUGGAAAGGACUCCUCUGCAGGGGAUGGUGGAGAUCCAAACCAAAAAGAAGAAAAGAGAUGCCCCCAGAAGGAGCCAGUGUGGGCAGCCAGGGCCCAGUGGGUCAGUGGCUGUCCCCACCUGCCUGAGGCUCUGAGCAGGUCCCAGAGCUGCUGCUCCUCCACUGCUUGCCCUUGGGGCCACUUGGUUGACUCUCCUUCCUAUUGUUUACAGUGAAGGUGUCAUUCACAAAAACUCAAGGACUACUAUUCUCUUCCCUCCCUUAGUUUACUCCUGGUCCUUGCCCCGCCCUCAAUCCUCUCCAGCACUAAAGCUAGUGAGUUGAAGGCUUUGUCUGCCGAAGGAACUCUAGAAGCUGGGCUUGUGGCUAAGAAGGUAGGAGGAAGAUGGCAGGCCUGAGCUGGAGAAGAACCUUCUCCACCUUCCAGGGAUAUCUGGCUCCCUCUUCCUCUGUGCCUGCCCAGCCUCCAUCCUCAGCUGGCCAUGGGGUACAGUUUACUCCCUCCCUCCCUCUUGUGAGGUUACACUGUAGGACACAAACUGUGAGAAAUCUGCAGUCUACUGUCCCCAUGUGUUGGCGUUCUUAGCUUUCUUGACAAGUGAACUCUAUUCUCCAGUCAGUAGUAGAACAAUGCAAAUUGUUCUGAACAAUGGAAAAAAACUGACUUUAUUGCACUUUUAGUUUAUUGGGGGUUUUUUGUGUUUGUUUUUUAACAAAAAACAUGGCAGAUGCAUAUUGUGUCUGGUUAUAUUGGGAGUUUUACUUAUUUUCUGUUUUGAGGGGGAUGGGGCCAGCCAAGCCAUUCAGAGAGAACAUGGGUCCAGAGGACAUCUCAAUGGAAAGAGUUGGGUCAGCAGCACCCAGAAGAGAAGAAGCCAAACUCUAUGUCAUUCUGAGUAAACACUCAGGUUGGCAAAGAAACAUACUUGAAUUUUCAUUCAUCUUCUCAGCUACUGAAGAAUGUCCUACCAGAGCCUCUUGACCUUAUCAGCCUGCAGUUUGGACAACCUAACCUCUACGACACAUGGGAUGAGCCAGCCAAGCCAGACCAUGACCAGGAGAUAUUUUAUCCCAGAGAAGGAGAUAACUUUAAAAACAAACAAACUGAAAUAUCUGUUUCCUCCACUGCCAGGGACUUCCAACUAGAUAGCCAUGUGACUUCCUUACCAAUUUUGGGGAACAAAAUUAGCGAUGAAACAGCUACCACCAUAUUACCAAUAGUGGACAAAAAGAGGAGGAAAAUGAACCUGCCUUCCAACUGCCAAAGGAAACUCAGGAUUUGGCAUCAUAGGGCCAGGAAAUAAAACUGAUGUGUAAUGUUGUUUCAUAAACCCUGGCACUGGUCACAAAGCUCAGCUGUGAAAAUGAAACUUGUAGUAUUUUUAAACAUGAAUGUCAAUUUCAAGUGUAUUUGAAAUUAUUCCUCCAGGAGAGAGAUUUGUAACAUCAUUAGGAAAACCUCCUCUGCAGAGGAAGUAGCCUUCUUUGGAGAAAAUGGGAAAAUGGGUCUUGAUAAGUUAUCUCAAAGUAGCCCAUUUCCUAGGGCACCAUGGAAAACACAAAUGUGAUCUUUAAGUAUACCUCUUCCCCAAUUUGGGGAGGAAAGGACUCAGUUUGCACCCUUUUUGUAUGUAAAAUAAAAUGUCCUACCUUUCUU